UUCUAACAAAAAAUGAAGAUUUCCUACACCUCAAACCGAUUUCUCCUGUUCAUCAUCUUCACUGCAUGCUUAUGUUUAUACUUUGCUAUUCAAAAGAAAAAACCUGAUGAAAAUGAAGAUAUCUUAAUUAUACCUUCCAAAUUUGAGAUCCCAACGAGUAAGUACACCACCACAUCGGGUCUUAUACUUGAUAAGCUCCCUAAUGAAGAUGAUGUUAUAGAAUUAUUUCAAGUAUGGAAGAAAGAAAAUGGACGAGUCUACCAUGAUGUUGAAGAGAUGUCAAAGAAAUUUGUCACUUUUGUUUCAAAUUUGAAGUAUAUAGUAGAGAGUAAUGCAAAGAGAGAGUCACCUGAUAGCGCCCAUCUUGGUCUGACCAACUAUGCUGAUUUGAGCUCCACGGAGUUUGAAGAAACAUACAUGACCUUAAACACUGACGCCAUGGAUAUUGUGAACGAUGAUGAUGUUGAGGACGUAACAUGUAGCAAUCCACCUUCAACCUUGGACUGGAGGUCGAAGGGAGCUGUCACUCCUGUUAAGGAUCAAGGCCUUUGUGGUUGUUGCUGGGCAUUCGCAGCUGUAGGGGCAAUUGAAGGAAUAGUUGCAAUAAUGACAGGGAAGCUUAUCUCCCUUUCAGAGCAAGAGCUUCUAGAUUGUGUACCAGAUGGAAGUUGUUAUGGAGGAAGUGUGGACAGCGGGUUCAAUUGGGUAGUACGAAACAAAGGGAUUGCAAGACAAACAUCUUAUCCUUAUACUGCAAAGAAGGGUGUUUGCAGAGCCUCCAAGAUUCAAAACAGUGCAAAUAGUGGUAUUGAUUCAUAUAAGGCCGUGGCGAGAUCAGAUAGGGGACUAUUGUGUGCAGUUGCUUACCAGCCUCUAGCUGUUAUGAUUUAUGCCAAGACACCAAAAUUUCAACAUUACACCGGUGGAAUAUUUAGAGGAGAAGACUGUCCGUUGGAUUCUACGAUUGUAACUCACAACAUGGUCGUAGUGGGUUAUAAUUCCAAAAACAAUGAAGAUUAUUGGAUUGUGAAGAAUUCACAUGGGACAAAAUGGGGAAUACAUGGUUAUAUGUGGAUCAAAAGGGACUAUACUAAACAGUAUGGAGUGUGUGCAAUCAAUAGAUAUGCUUAUUUUCCGGUCAAAAAAUAAAAGACUACAUUUGAAGAAUAAGUUAAAGCAAGGGUUAUGGUUUUGUGAGUCUAGAGUUUAUUAUGUGGUUAUUCUUGAUGUUGUUUUGAAUAUGUCAAUUCUCUUGUUCAUAAUUGUUAUUCUUGAUGUGACAGAGAGCAGUUAUGAUAAUAAAAUAGUUGGUAUUUUAUGAU